CGCGGCCCAGCUCAAGUGCUUUGCGACAGUGCCAGCCGACCGCGCGGUUUUAGUUUAUUGAUACUCCUACAUCCGUAGAAUUGCUCGGUUCCUUCACUUGCGGUUUUAUCGUUCGUCUAUCGCUCAGAAUACUUCUGCAACCCUCCAAAUCGAAGCCAAAUCGACGUCAUCCCGGCACCUCUGCGCUGUCCAUCCCAGACCAGAACGGCAUGCUCCGGGAUAGCUAACCCAAGAAUUUGGAGGCUGCAGCUCGAAUGUGUCGGGACAUCUUUGUCGCUGGGAUAUAAACAGCACCGGCACCGGGACCAGCGCCGUCGACGAUCCUGACCUCGAGUCCCCUCCGCCAUGGCGCAUGUCCACCACGAAUCCCGCCCUCCCAGCCUUGCGGCCACCGAACCCGAGGACCUCAUCAGCGGCCCCCACUCCCUCCACCGCGCCGUCCGUGCCCGGAGAUCCGAAUACGUCCGGCCCCAUCGAAUACGCAUCAAGGUGGCCACUUGGAAUGUCGCCGCCUCCCCCGGCACGGAUAAGGACCUGGCCAGCUGGUUUGUCGAGGGCGAGGGCGUCGACAAGAGCAUCGCAACUCUCAGCCCUUCGUCGCACAACCCCGCCGUCGUCGAGCGCGCAGAUCCGAGCAGGUCUCCCGAGACCGACCCCGACCUCGACUCCGACUCCGACGCCGUGCGGCUGGUAGGCGGCGACAAGAUUGGUCUCUACGUGCUGGGCCUCCAGGAGGUCGUGGACCUGGGGCCUUCCCAGUACCUGAACCGGGUCGUUGCAGAAGACCCGACGAUGGAGAAAUGGAAGGCCGCUUUGGAAGCCGCCCUGCCGGACGGCUACCAGCUCGUAUCCUGCGAGCAGAUGUCCGGGUUGCUCCUGCUGAUAUACGCCUCUCCCGAGGUUGCCUCCACCGUCGGCAACGUCAGCUCCUGCAGCAUCGGGACGGGCAUGAUGGGGGGAUGGAUCGGGAACAAGGGCGCCGUGGCGACGCGCAUCGUCCUGGGCGAGGCCACCAAGAUGGGGUUCGUCAACUGCCACCUUGCCAGCGGCCACGAUACCGCCGCCUGCGAGCGCCGCGUCUGGGACGUCGGCCAGAUCUCGAGCCGCACCAAGUUUGCCCCGAUAAGCUACGCUGGCGUCUCCGAGGAAGAUAGUGACACGAUUGAUGCCCAGGAUUUCGCCUUCUGGUUCGGCGAUCUCAACUUCCGUCUGGAUGGCCUGCCUGGCGACGACAUCCGCCGGCUGCUCAUGCUGCAUACGCGUGGGGAAUACGACCUGAGUAGGAAAGGGGAGCCGGGUCGCCCCGAGGGUGAAGGAGUCGUUGUCCAAGUGUCAUCAGAAAGCAGCGACGAUGGCACCGACAGGGACUCGGUAACGACGAGGUGGACCGAACCGAGUUUUGACGACUCCUCCGUGUCGCUGCCUGAUCCAGACGACUUUGAAUCCAGCCCCCACGAGGACCCUGCAUCAUUACAAGCGACACUGGACUCUCUCCUCCCACACGACCAGCUGAGACGUAUGAUGAGGGAACGGAAGGCCUUUCACGACGGCUGGCGGGAGGGCACGAUAACUUUCCUCCCAACUUACAAGUACGACGUCGGUACAGUUAGCCUGUUCGACUCCAGCGAUAAACGAAGAGCUCCUAGCUGGUGUGAUCGCAUCUUGUAUCGCACAAGAGCCGACACAGAGCGGUACAAACAAAAGGUCAAGGAAGAAGAAGACGCCCGAAGGAGGGACGAGGAGAUGAAGGCCCGCGGGAUGGAUCACGCCGGCGAUGAUGACGAGGUGCUGUUCGACUACGACCCUGACAGCGACGGAGAUGCGCACCCCCUAGGUAAGGCAGUCUUCGACUACGACGAAUAUGACGAAUACGACGAGGACCAAGCGGGCGGCCAAGCUCCGACCGCCGAAGGCCUCCUCGACCGCAUACAGGCCGACAUUUACACUUCACACCAGCGGAUCAUGUCAUCGGACCACAAGCCAAUCGUAUCCAUCUUCUCGAUCGACUACGACGCCGUCGUGCCAGCGCUGAGGGCGAGGGUACAUGCCGAGGUUGCCCGGGAAUUGGACCGCGCCGAGAACGAAGGCCGACCGGUGAUAACCCUCGUGAUCGACGGGCACGAGUUGGCGCGUCCAAGCCAGGGAAGCGACAGCGAGUCCUGCAGCCACGCCGUGGACUUUGGAGAGAUCCGGUUCCUGAGAAGGGAGACGGCCUCGCUGACGUUGGCAAACACGGGAGGCGUCGCUGCCAGGUUCUCCUUCGUGGAGAAGCCGACGACGGAGGAGGAGUCGGGGGAGCCACGGCCUGUGCCCUGGUUGACGACGUCGUUUGCGCAUCCCAACGAGGAGAUCGACGCGUCCGAGUUUGGGGACGAGGUGGUGCUGGAGCCCGGGGAGACGGUGAGGGCAUUCCUGGAAGCCUAUGUUGGCGACGCGACGCACGCGCGCAUGCUCAACGACGGCCAGGUCAACCUGGAGGAUGUCCUCGUCCUGCGUGUCACCGACGGCCGUGACCAUUUCAUUCCCGUCCGGGCGGUCUGGUCGCCGACCUGCAUCGGCCGCUCCAUCGACGAGCUCAUCCGCGUGCCCAACGGUGGGCUGAGAGUAUUCAUUGCGUCCAGAUCGAAGAAUAACAACAGCAACAAUAACAACCGCAUGGGAUCCAUACCGUACGACCUGGACGUCCACUUCGCCGCACCGAAAGAGCUCUUCAAGCUCACCGAGGCCGUCGAGUCUCUGACGGAACGUGCCUUGGCCGACGAGCUGAUGCUCGAGGAGCACCAAGUGCCCAAGGAUCCCGGAUGGCCGUUGGCCGAGAGCUCCUGGAAGUACACGGACAAGGAAGCCCGGAGGACCCACAGCAUGAGGAUCAUCGACGCCCUCGACAGCGACAGGCCGAUCGUGGACGCCUUCGACCCGGAGACGCCGUCGAUCGAGCGCCUCGAGGCCGUCAGCGAGGUGCUCCUCCUCUUCCUCGCGAGCCUGACCGACGGCGUCGUGACCAUCCCGCUCUGGGCCCGCAUCGAACAGGCCCCGCUCGCCGUGCUCGGCCAGGCUGGCAGCGGCAACCCGGCGUCGAAGCAGCCGGCGGAGGAGGCGGCCGAGGACGACAAGACGGCCGUCCUAGACGUGCUCUCGUCGGCGCCGAACCACAACAUCUCGUUCGUCUUCCUCGCCUCGACCCUCGCCAAGACUAUCUCGGAGCUCGCUCCCCUGAGCAGGGCCGACCUCGAGUGCCUGAAGAGCGUGCCCGGUCAGGGGCUGGGCAGCCUGGGUCGGCGGUCGCUGGUGUUCAGGCGGGGCGGGACGGCACUCGGAGCUGCUGCUGCCGCCGCGGCUGCGCUGGAGAGGCGGCAGGCCAAGGAGCGGAGGUUCGCGGAGAUACUGGGGAAGAUUGUGUGCCGGGCGGUGGUGCCGGGCAAGGACAGGGAGAGGAGGAGUCUUGAGGAUCGGCAGAGGGCGGUGAUGGAGCUGUUCUUGAAGCGCAGGGAGGAUGGGUGAUGGGUGAUGAAUGGUUGACGAUAGAUGAUGGACAAUGUCCAACAUACACAUGCAGAGUAAGCAUCCCCGAAGACCGGCGAGGUUGCCGCAUGUUGUAGAGGUAUCGGCAGCCCUCACUGCUGUCCCAAUCACAACCCCGCAGUCAUUUUGUCAACCUCUGGAUUGAUAGACUAGAGAUGUUUACUAGAUAUUUGGGAAAGCAACGGGCGGACAUGUCCUGUACUUCGAGGAGAGAGAGGGGAGUCGAGAUUUGGGCAGGCGUUGGCGUCUAGAUAGUCCUAGUCCCAUGGGCCCCCGCCCAAGAACAAUGGGCUUCUCAUCACAGAAUACUCUGAUCUUCUGAUUAGAUCAAUAUGCCAAACAAGAAGAG